AUGCAACCCCUUCUAACAAUCCUAACCGGAAGCUUGCUCGCCCUAAGCGUCGAAGCUCACAACGCCAUCUUCAAAAGUGUCCACUCGGUGGACCGCGAAUGCGUUCUCUACCUCCGGGACGGAACCUGCGGCAAGGGAGACUGCACCGUGCGGUGUCGCGGCUUGGUGGCCCGCUUUUGGAAAGACACCGUUGGGCGUCCGGCCGCAACGAUCAACCGGUUCUAUCGACCGGACCCAGAAGACUGUGGCUAUUACGAGCGAACGGAGCAAUGUCUGGGGGAAAUUUCCGCAGUGAUUCCGGCGGAGGACGCUUGCCGGAGGGCAAACUGCAGCGUCAGCUGCUACGAGGAUCAGUACGGCAGGGUGGACCGAUAUGGGGUGCGGUUCAUCCCGUUUACGGAGCUUCAGCACAAGCGGGUGGUUCGGGAAUGCGAGGCGAUUCUUGGGUUGACGACGUCGGUUGGGAUCGAGCACUGCCGGGAGUUCAAGUGUUUGUUCCGGUGCUUUUUGAUACGGGAAGAUCUCUACUCGGAUGCUGGUGGACCGGAUAUAGAGCGGAUGUCCGUGCAGUGCGGCGGACGGUACGGUGAUGAGGCGUUCCGGAGGCGGGCAAUGGAGUGUGUUUGGAAUCUACAGGCGCAGCAGCUUGAUCGGUGCGAGUUGGCCUACCGAGUGGCGAACGAUUGUGUCAACGGAGAGGUUGCGCUGUUGCCGAUAUUUUUGAACGUUACGGGUAACUUACAGUUCAAUUCUGCUUUUCGAGGGUUCACACGGGGACCACCACUGCUGCAGAGGUUGUCACUGCUUCAAAGACUGCCGCUGUUCCAGAAUCUACCUUUGUGGCUGACAACACCAGCUGUUUGA